AGCGAAAGUCAAGAUGCCAUGGCGCUUUUAACAGAUUUGUCUCAGAUCAGAAACAUACUAAGCAAUGAUGCAUCGUCACCUUCAAAUGAUGUUCAGACACUUGUGACGGACAUUCGAUCUUUUUCAGAACGUGUGACUGCAGAGAAUAAGAAGCUUCUGAUGGAAGGCACGUCACACCUCAGAAAGGUCCAAGACAAACUUUCGAACUUGAACAAAAUUGCUGGAGACGGAACAACAAUGGACUUUGACCAAGAAAAGAGCUGGGAUGAUGUAUGUACAGAAAUAGAACAGAUUGAAAAGAGAGUAACUGACGACCUAAAAAAAAUGGACACUGUGAUGAAGGAAUUGGAAAAUGAAAUCAAUAACUUGGAAAACAUUAAAACGAUUCCCAAGGAAAGUAGAACCACUGAGUCGCGAGAGGCGACACUUACAAAUAAACUAAAAAAAAUCGUAUCAAGACUUCAGAAGUUGAAAAACCUAGAGGAAGAUGCGACAAAAAAGGCACAGAAACAAAAUGACGACCUGCCCAAGAAAUUGAAAACUCUGGAAGAAAAAGUGAAUACAGUUUGGAAAGCAGUAAUGAAAAAUGAUUCUAGCGAUGCCCGUGCUAAAGCUGACAGAAGUAAUGAUUCAGAGAAAAUGUUAUCGGAUAUUGAAAAGAAAGUUAUCAGCCUGAAAAGUUCUGAAGAAGCAGCCUCAAAAAAGGCACAGAUACAAAACGACGACCUGACUAAGAAAUUGAAAAAUCUGGAAGAAAAAGUGAAUACAGUUUGGAAAGCAUUAGCUGUGAAUGAUUCUGGCGAUCCCCGUACUAAAGCUGACAGUAAUACCAGUUCAGAGAAAAUGUUGUUGGAUAUCGAAAAGAAACUUGCCGAUGACAAGAAAAAUCUGAACUCAGUGAUAACUGAAAUCGAAAAGGAAGUGAAGAAUUUGGAAACGUUAAGAAACGUGAAAUCGGAAAAAAACAAUGAGCAAGCGAAUUCACAUACGAGUAAACUGAGGCAAAUACACGCUCAAUUAAUGAACUUGAAAAAUGCUGAAGAAGCAGCUUCAAAAAAGAAAUUAAAACAAAAAGACGAUACAAGUCAGAAAUUGAAACGUUUGGAACUUUUGGAAGACAAGGUGAAGACGGUUUGGUCAGCAGUUUGUAGUAAUGGCGCUUCGAGCAAUGAGACUGAUACAGAAAAAAUGUUAUCAGACAUCGCAAAAAGACAAAAACAAAUACAAGACCACGUUCAAGAACAACUUGACCAAACUCAAGAAAGCACAGAGUUGUUGAGAAAGAGCAUUGAAUGCAUAAAAUCAAAACUACUCAACAAACCUUUCAUGUUUGAAAAGCCAGAAUGUUAUCACAGAAGGAACAUUAAAGACUUCAAUGAAAGACUCAAGAUACAGUUGUCAUUAGUGCAUGAAAUUGAGGAUCUCGUCAAUGAAAAUGCAGAAAGGUUUUCGAGCAAAUUUGUUGAAAGAAUGGUAGUUGUGCGUCAUUUAAAACACCUGUUCCACUCUCUUUGCCAAGAGGAUUUAAAUUCACCAAAGAGGCAACAAGAUAGUAGAAAGAAAGGUGAAAGGGAAAGCAAAUCUCAAAAAGAUGAUAAAGAAUCAGAUGAGUUACUGGUACUUUCUAACGCGUUCAGGAAAAGACUUGAAGAACGAGGAAUUACUAAAGAAACGGUAGACUAUCUAAAGCAAAGACUUGGAGAAAUGGAAAGCGUACAAACGUCCACUGAACGCGAAAUCAGUGAUUUAAAGAAAGAAAAAAGUGAACUUAAGCGGAGAUCAAUGCAGACUGAAGAAAAAUACCAAAACGAACUGCGGGAAAUGGAAAAAGAAAAAACAAGCUUACUGACAAGGCUAUCACAAAUGGCCGGGGCCCGACUAACAGACAAUAAUCCGAACAUAGCAGAUCUUAGUGACCCAAACAGACCAACAAAAAUUGGAGAGCAGUAUUCUGAAUUGUAUGACAAUCAAUGGACGGAUGCUUUUGAAGCGGUUCAGAUGCCAGAUGAUAAAUGUUUACAGUUUUUACUUGAAAUCCUCCAGGAUUCUUACAAAUUGUGUGGAGUAAUUUCUGAUAACCAGCAGAAGGCAUUGAAGAGAAGUUUAUAUCAACCAACCGAUGGAAUGAAAGGUCAUUCGGAAGCAAAGGAAAAAGAAGUUGAAUUGUCAGCUGUGCAGUCUAAAGCUCUUUCCGAGUUACGAAAGCAGAGUGUGGACGUAUCGUGUACCGAUGUGAUCACGUACAUCGCUGCAAAACACAAGGACUGGUUCAAGAAAGACGCACUGAAAAUUUAUGCAAAGCAAUGUAUAAGAUUGUGUUGGUUCAUGCAUGUACAAUCCCCUCCACUUUAUCUCGAUAUGACAAAAGGAAAAAAGCUCGACACAAACAAAUACAAGCCAUACACAAAGAAUGGGAAGAAUAUUGCAUUUGUCGUUUGGCCACCUCUUCUUUUGCACGAGGGCGGUGCAAUCUUAUCGAAAGGUGUAGCUGAAGGAAAGUAAGAUGCAAAGAUAGUUCCAUACACAACACUCAGUAACCAGGUUCGAUCUUGUACACGUGUAUGACUUAAACGCAAUAGGCAAACAUUUCAAAAGCUUCAUAGUGUAAUACGAGUUUGGCCAAAUACAUAUAAUACCCAUCUUCGAUGUUAUGCAUAUUGAGACUUUAACAUAAGUAUAUUUUUAACGUUUAUAAUAUUACGAAAUCUGAAUGUUUAUAAAAAUUGUAAGGAACAAAUUUUCAUAAAAUAGAAAAAGUGGAAACUCCACAUACCUACAUUGUGCCGCUAGAGUUAUCAUUUUAAAAACCUUCUGUUGAAUAUUUGUGGUUGUUAGUGGUGUUUUACCUUUUCAGAUAUCAAAUAUAAAUUGUGUACAACUGCUUCUUAGUUCAAAACACACUUUACGAAGACAAAUAUUCAUAAUAUAUUUAUAAUUGAAAAUUGUCUUUGGAAAAGGUCAAAAUACACAUAGGAACAAAUAAAAUAAUAUCCUAGUUUUCUUGAUGGGUAUAUUACAAUUAUAUUAGUUGUUAUUUGUUUGAGGCAUAUGCUAAGUUUGCAUUCAUACUUAUUUUGUGUGAACGAAAUUCAGUAUUAGAAUAAAAUAUUAUAGACUACUUGUGGAAUAUUUUUUUUGUUUUACUAGCAACAAAGACUAUUGUUAAAUGUAAUUGUAAACUUUUAAGUUAGAAAUAAGUCACAUAUUUGUGGUAUUACGCAUGGUCAUGUAAUAACAGAAAUGGUAAAAGCAUUAUAUUAUAAAUUAUUUUAUUCAUCUUAAUUAAGUAAGACAACAAAACCAGAAAAGAAUUAUGCAUGUGUGGCUACGGAGAUAUCAAUUGAUUUGGAGCUUUUGACAUGUAUUUUGAAUAGGCAAAGUUAUAUUCACGACUGAGACUGCAACGAAAAGCAGUAGAAUUGGGUUAUAAAAAUUAAUAUAAAAGUUGGUACACAUUGACCAGCUCCUCGAUUGUCUAUAUCCUAUAUAACAAAAAUGUUUAACUUUAAAGAUUCCUAAAAUCACAUACAUAUAACAUAUAGCUUUAUAUGUAUAAACAGAUUACUGAUUCGGGGGGAAAACAUGAUGACGUCUAUUCAAUUUUCAAGUACCAGCUCUGUUUGUAAAUAUCGGCAUACUCUUAAAGUUUUACAUUUCACUCAUUCUUUUUUCUUUCACUCGGGUUGUUUACUUUCAUUCAGCUUUUACUGGCGACAACGCACGGAGUCGGUUGUGGUCCUUGGUCAUAUUCACAAGGCAACAACCCAACAUUACGUAUUGUGUCAGCUUUUCGAUCCGUCCUUUUUUGAAGCCGUUUUCAAUGUCAGAACUUUGUCAAAGUUUGUGAAUGUUUUCAAUUUCCGCGACUUACGUCAACGAUUCCUUAUGCCUUCUUUUUAUUUUCUAGUGUUAAAUUCUGAUUACAUAUGAUAUAGAAACUUUUAUCGGUUAUUUCUGCUAAGUAUUUCCUGGAGACUUAAAGUAAAACAUUGUUAUUUUGACGUUUCUAACAAAGUGCACUUGUCAUACAUGUACGUCUGAUUGAUUUUCAUGGUGAGCAAUUGUUACGCAACAGUGAGGCUUGUGGAACGGCCUUCUAACUGUUUAAAUCUGUGACCACAAUGUUUUGCUGUGGAGUGUUCUUUCCACGGUUCCACACAGUGAGUUCAUGGACAGUCCCAUGAAAUUUCUGUAGAGCAUUCAUUUUCCACAGUUCCACGCAAUGGGUUGUGGUCUGAUUCUGUGAGAGUAUAAAUAUACUCCCACAUUUUCAGUCGUGGUCUCCAAUUUCAAAAUUCGUGCAUGCACGCCGUUUUGGCUGUAAUCGACAUUUUUUCGAAAUUUUGGCUUGAUAUCGAAAUUCUUAAGAUAUGCAGCAUUUUAUUUGUUUUACUUUUGCACUUUAAGGGUUGUAUGAAAUAAUAAAAUUAGUAAUAAGUUUUUUGCAUUAACAAAACUUUGAUUUGGGAACAUUAUGAUCUUAGUUGCUUCACGGCUGUUCAUCUUUACAAAACGUUUGGAAUAUCUUCUUGCAACGUUUUUAUAUUAUUUACAUCAGAAACUGUUAUGGUGUUAGUAAAUAAAUUAUAAAGAAAGUUGUUUGUGGUUUCCCAUGGAUGAGUUUAGAAAUUUAAAUGUUAAGUGUCCAAGCAAAGAUUAGCUUCCCGUAGGUCACAUCAGGCAGCGAAACAGCGCGUAAACAGAUAGUCACAUCGGCCAGCCAGGCAGGUCCGUCCACACUGAUCAGUCUACAGAGUUCUAGUCUACAUAGGUCCAAUCUAUAUAGGUCCAGCCACACUGAACAGUCUGUAGGGUCCAGUCGCGUCGAGUAGUUGUGGAGUCACAAUCACGUCUACCAGUCUUUAAGGACGGUCAUCUAAUUAAUGAAACAGGGUUUAGUUCCAAGUUUUUCAAUCAUGCGCCAGCAAUGUUAGCAUAUAUACAUACAUCAUCUACAUCCGACUCACGGUCCAGUCCAGUCCUAGACCACAUCCAUGGGCCGUCCGGUCAAAAGUCCGGCUUUCAGAGGAUUCCGGUUUUCAGAGGAUUUUGCACAAAUGUCUGAGAGAGUUAUGUAGUUAUAUUCUUAUAUAUUACAUUCUGAUAUACUUUAUCUGACCGUAUCAUGUCAGUAUAUUUUAGGUUUUACUAUUGUAUCUCUAUGUUAUGUAUUAAAACUGAAUAAUUUCACAGAAAAAAACAUUACUUAAAAUGAUACUAUAUUUCUUUUAUUGUGGAGAUAUAAAUAAGUCACUGAACAUGCAUCAUGUGAAUCUAGACAUUUAAUAAUUAAUAAAAAUAUUUAUAUUUUUCAUAUUCCGAAAAAAUGUUAUUCUGUAUAUCAGUAUUCUUAUUAGUUAUUAAAUAUUUAGAUUCACAUAUUCAUGUUCCAUGACUUACAAGAGCUAGUCAAUCAAC